AUGGCAUUUUCAAAACUGAUUAACCGUCUGAAGAAAGCGUUUGGUGUUAAGUGUGCGAACGAACAACCGCGUGAGCCACUCGAACCCACCGGCAGCACGACAGAGAAUCACCGUCAUCUGAUGACCGAUGACCCGGCCGUCGCUGCAGGAAAACAGGCAGGGAGACAGAAAAAGAGGAAACUCAAAUUGUCUCCCAUCUUCUUCGCCUGUUUUUCCAGAAGAAGAGCUACUGUUGUUGGUUUCUUCCUCUCUUUAGAUCAGCUAUGUGUGCAGGAGAUCCACGAACUUCACGCAGAGCCCAUCAGUAGCUCUAAAUUCUUCUGCACUGCUGUGAGCAACCUGGAGCUGGAAGUUCUCCAACCUCCAGCUCUUGAUGCUCCAGCAGACGAAGAUUUGGACUUUAAGCCGGAAGUGAACAGCUUUGACUCUGCAGUGGUCAUUGAGAACGACUCUGCAGAGCUUCACUUCACAGAAGACAUUGAAUCCUCCCUCAGUGAGGACAGCCUGGAGCAAGAGCUUGAUAGUCCUCCAAGUUCACCAUCCGAUGAGGACAAUGAACUUCCAGUGAGCCAGCAGCUCAUAACAGAUGACAUCUGUGACUCUGCCCUGGAUGAAAACUGGAACCCUUUACCGGAUCAGGUCUCACAAGAGGACUCUGCUGUGAAGUCUACAGCAGAUGAUGGGACCUGCUUGGACAAUAAUGACAUCAGCUGCCGCUACAAACUCGGAAAGCAGCUUGGUGAAGGAGGUUUCGGCUCCGUGUAUGAGGGGAUUCGCAUACAGGAUGGUCUGCAGGUGGCAGUUAAAUUUGUCCAGAAGACCCCAAAUAUGCAAGAUGUCAGCUCUUCAUGUGACCAGCCACUUCCUCUAGAGAUCACCUUGGCAAACAUGGCCAGCGGUGGCUCCAGGUGUUCGAAUAUUAUUCAGCUUCUGGACUGGCAGGUCUUUGAAAACCAUUACGUCAUGGUGAUGGAGCGGCCUAGUCCAAGCAUGGACCUGGAGGCAUUCCUUGAAGUCAGCGGAGGAGUCCUCAGUGAGAAAACAGCACAUACCAUCAUGAGGCAAGCUGUUUAUGCGGCCAACGUGUGCUGUUACCGCGGGGUGUUCCACCGGGAUAUUAAGCUUCAAAACCUGCUGGUGAACCCCGACACACUGGAAGUCAAGCUGAUCGACUUCGGGUGUGGAGACUUCAUGAUGGAAUCAGCCUACAGUAUCUUCUCUGGCACAGAAGCCUACAUCCCGCCAGAGUUUUAUGAAAAAGGAUGCUACCGGGCCAAACCAGCGACGGUCUAUUCUCUUGGGGUUCUUCUGUUCACAAUGCUCCAUGGAGAAUUCCCAUCAGCGUAUGACCUGUACUACCUCCAACAUGACUGGUCCAAAUUUACCCUCUCUCAAGAAUGCUGUGAUAUGAUGAGGGCUUGUCUGCAUGAGAAUCCAGAGUGCAGAAUUCCUCUAGAAGAGAUGCCUUACCACGACUGGUCCAUGCUGGAGUUCUGAGUCACAUUAGCAGAAUGUUUUGUAUAUUUGAUUUUUGUACAUGUCUGUAAUAAAGAUAUAUUUUAUUGAACUCA